UACACACACUGUUUUAUACCUCUGCAGUAGUUUUUGUUAUUCUUUUCGAAUAUCUGUAUUUGACGUGGAAAAUGCCAGAAACGGGACCAUUAGGAGGCACAAUGAGUGAUCUGAAUGGAAAUGGUGCAGAAUCCAACCAGGAUGCAGAAGACCAUGAAGCACAGUUACUCUGUCUGAAGAUUAAAGACCACUUGGAGGAAAUGUUCUCUGACAGUCACCUGGCGGAGGAUGGCUUCCUGCUAAAACACAUGCAGAAGAACAAGCAGGGCUAUGUCAGUCUCAAGCUUCUCACUUGUUUGAAAAAGAUAAAGGCUCUGACCACGAACUGGUACAUGACUCUAGCGGCCGCAGAGUGCUCAGACCUCCUGGAGUUGAACGAGGAAUGCACCAAAGUGCGACGCAAAGAGGCUCUCCCUCAGUGGCUGAUGUGCUCCCCUACCAGCCGGCUCCUCCUCAUCUGGAACGCUUCAGAGGAGCAGAGCGGAGAGGACGGAGCUGACCCAGGGCAGCCUUCGCUCUUACUGAGCAUCCUCCAGAGGUUUGACUCGCCAGGUGACGUCGCGUCAGUCUGGAUCCUGCAUCCCGGAGAGGAGCUUCCCAAAGAGCUGCAAUGCUACGCCAAACGUCACAAAGAGCUCGGCCAGAUUUUGUGUGCCGUGAUGAAGUUUAAUAGCUUGGAAUCGGUCCGUAGGGCCUACAGCUCUCUCAGAGAAGAAGAGAAGAUUAAUGGGAGGGGCCUGUGUGUGGUGCCGCUGGGAUGGCAGUCAGUGCAGAGCAUCAAUAAGUUUGAUCCAAUCGAGAACAAAGGAGACGCCACAUGUUCUAUGGGAGAUCCUCAGAACGUCUCUCAGGUUUCGCUCCAGCAGGACCCUCCCUCACCUAUCAGGUUUUCUGAAGAAACUGGAGAAGCAUAUCCUCCUCCAGCAGGCCAGGAGGACUCCAGCUGCAGUCAAAAGGCAUUGCGAGGAUUAACUAAGAGAUACAGCUGGACAGACUGGUGCUCCGGAGACCGCAACACACCGUUUUCUCAGUGCCCAUGGGUACUAAAGCGCAAAUCCGCAGCCAGUGCAGCAAAGCUGGAGACGGCUGAGCACCUGAACACAACCGGCUUAAUACUAAAAGUCCUGCGUCAGCCCUUUGGCCCCGACGAUACCAAAGGUUUUAAUGCCAGAAGGCAGAAAUAUGACUUUCUUGAAUGAAUAGCUUUAGAGGAGAUCAGAAAGAAGACUGAGCUGAGAAGAAAAUACUCAAAAAUCUGACACAAGAACACAGAAAAUUUGUUUCCAUUAAAGAAUUAAGUUCUGCUGA